AUGCCGCCCUCGACUUCGCAAAAGGCUCUAAUCGACCACUUUGUGGCGCGCACCGGUACUGAUAGGAAGCGGGCAGAACGGUUACUCAAGGCGGCUGGAUGGGACCUUGAGGCUUCCCUCAGAUCCAACUACCCUCAUUCUGCCGGCCCGUCCGAGUCCUCGCUGAAAGCACAAUUUGAAUCGCUACGAACGAGCGAAGACUCGGCAGACACGAUGGGCGCCGAUAGUACCAUGUCCUACCUUCAGCAGCUUGGUGUCAGCUUGGACGAUGCUAGCAUGUUUCUCGGACUUCAGGUUCUGCAGGCAGAGAAGAUUGGCGAGCUGUCAAAGGAACGCUUCGUCAAGAGUUGGAAGGAGGCCAAUGUUGAGGGAGACGUCACUCAUCAGAAGAAUUAUAUCGCCAACAAAUUGCGCCUCAUGUCCACUGACCCCAAGAUAUUCAGAGAUGUUUAUCGACAUGCCUUUGUUCUUGGCAAAGAGGGUGAGGCCCGAGCUGUGACUCUGGAAAUGGCCGAGACAUUCUGGCAAAUAUUGUUUGCUGCCCCGGGCCGCCCCUGGGUUGGCAGCCAAACUGGCAUCAACUGGUUGGAACAGUGGCUGGCCUUCCUCACUGAGAAGUGGACACGAACCGUGAGCAAGGACAUGUGGAACCAGACAUAUGAAUUUGCCACCAAGAGUAUCGAGGAUGAGUCCUUGUCUUUCUGGUCCGAGGAUGGUGCUUGGCCAGGCGUGAUUGAUCAGUUCGUUGCUUGGUAUAACGAGAAGAGGUCCGCAACGGGCGCCAUGGAGGUCGACUCCUAG